CAGAGCUCUCCAGCAAGAACCAGGCUGUUUCUGUCCCUUCAUCCAUCAGCAGGAAACUUUUCCUGAAAAGCGUUGGACAGAUGAGGAGAGUCUGACCGGAAAUACAUCUCAUAAUAAGGAGUUAAUGGAGAAUAUCUUUGUGCCUCCGCUGGCUCUCCGCGGGAUCUCCGUGAACGGCGGCUCCGCGCGCCACAAGGAUGCGCUCCGGCUGGGGAUGCCCUUCCACAUCGACGCCGCCUACUUCGGCCAGGGGUUCCCCUGCGGGCGGUUGCCGUGCUUCCCCUUCCCGGCGCCCUUCGGCGUGUGCGAGUACUCCUCCUUCGAGCCCGCGUUCAUCCAGAAGCGGAACGAGCGCGAGCGGCACCGCGUGCGCUGCGUCAACGAGGGGUACGCGCGCCUCAGAGAGCACCUGCCGCAGGAGUUUGAGGACAAGCGGCUCAGUAAAGUGGAGACGCUGCGAGCGGCCAUUGACUACAUCAAGCACCUGCAGGGCCUGCUGGACGCGGACGUCUCCCGGAUGGAGAUGUCGUUCAAUGAGGCGCGCGACUGCGAGGCUCUGCGGCGGAGGACGGAGUGCGGAAGUGACGGAGAGUCCAAAGCUAGCAUGAGCGACAGCGGGGACAAUGUUUACUGAAGACUUCCACAAACUAAAAUAUAGUUUAGGUAAAGGGAUAAAAAAAAAAAAAGUGUUGAAAUUACUUUAAUCUGACAAAAACGGAA